UUCGUUCGUGUACGCGCAAGGAUUUUGAUUCGGAAAAUAUUAGUGUAGAAAAUCGCGGGUCAUCGACAUGUCCGAAGAAGACGUGAUACCGGAAACCGGAGCAGUUUUCACGUAUGGAAAAAGUAGUUUUGCAGACAAUAUUCCAAGUCACUUUUUCAUUAGAAAUGAUCCAGUAAUUGAAAUAAGUUGUGGGGAAGAACAUUCCGGAAUCGUCUGUAAAAAUGGAAGAGUAUUUUGUUUUGGAAAAAAUAGUUUUGGACAACUUGGACUAGGGCACACUGAAAAUGUUUACAAGCCUAAUUGCGUUAAAAGUUUAAAACCAGAUAAGGUAAAGCAUAUAGCUUGUGGACGGUCACAUACAAUUGUUUCAACAGAAAAUAAUAUUGUUUAUGGAUUUGGCAAUAACAGCGACGGCCAACUUGGAAAAUCGGCGGCGAACGUGACUUACAGUGAUGUUCCCAUUGAAAUUACCCGUUUCAACGAUAAGAAUAUCAUUCAACUAUCCGCCGGAUCGUAUCAUACGGCGGUCCUUAUAGAAAACGGUGAUGUUUACGUCUGGGGCUCAAACAGCAAUAGACAACUAGGACUGAACUCGUUGAACGAUGAUUCGGUUAACGUCAGUGUGCCAACUAUUGUGCCGAUCACUCAACCCGUCGUGUACAUAUCGUGUGGACACAUUCACUCCGCGUUCGUCACGAAAGUUGGAGACUUGUAUACUUGCGGCGAUCGGGAGUAUGGGAAACUUGGCCAUGGCAUGUGGUCAGUUAGCCGGGUCGAAACGACCGAAAAGAUCGUUAAAGUCGCUUGUGGGGCUAACCACACGAUUGCAUUGAACGAUGUGGGAAAAGUGUUCGUUUGCGGUAACAAUGACUGUGGACAAAUAGGUCUACGAAGUGUUACAUCACAAGGUCAUUUGUACCCUUGUUCCAUUACAAAUGAACCGAUCAUUCAGAUUGUAUGCGGCCAGAACCACAGUGCUUUUAUUACCGCAAGUGGUAAACUGUUUAUGUGUGGCGAUGGAAAAUACGGAAAGCUCUGUAUAGAUGACAAUCAAAUAACAACUCCAAUGCUAGUAUUGGCGUUUGUUGAUAAAAGUUUAAAAGUACAGAUGGUCAGUUGUGGAGGAAAUCAUACUUUAAUUCACGCCGAGCCUUUCGAAAACGAUACCUCCAAUAACGGUUUACAACAAAUAAAAUUAUCUGAUUCGCUGCCUCCAUUAAGGGUUGUGAAAAAAAAAAUCGAAGAGCGAAAAGAGAAUAUUGAACCAUUUACGUCAAUUACUCCAGCCAAUGAUAACGAUUCGGGAGUAUUAAACGUAGUCAAAGGAAGCGUAAAAGAAAUCAACACAAAUGUGAUCGAUCAACAAAUUAAAGGGGAUAAAAAAUCGUUCAAUGAUAAUAAACCAACAGAAAUAAAAAUCACAAAUGAUGAAUCGGUAGAAAAGGAAGGAAAAAAUACAAACAUGUUGGUUACUAAUGAGAAAAACGAAAAAAAAGUAGUAAAUAAAUCAAAAUAUCCUAGAAAUGAGAGAGUGCGGUCUCGCUUGUGUGUAAUCGUUUGAAAAAAAGAUACAUAUUUAUUACAAUACAUUAUUAUCAUACAUAUAUUAUAUAAAUUAUAUUAU